GUAUAAUUUAUAAUUAAUAAAUACAAUUAUUAAAAUAUUUUAUAAAAAUAGUUUGUUAAAAUUUGUAUAUAUAUAAAUAUGUGUUAAAUCCGUUUGGUAUUGUGCAGAAAUUGGAUUUAUUGAAAAUUUUAUGGACAAAAACUUGCUGAAACUCUCACAUUUUAAACAAGAACAAUUACAAUGGUCCAACCAAAACGUAAUAAAAAUACAUCAUCAUCAUCAUCAAAUCCGUCGCCGAUAACGCCACGUGGUAAUAAACGUAAUACACGUAGUGAGUCCACAUCGUCAAUUACAACAACAGGUGGUACACCAACAUUGAUAUUAGAUAACGGAGGUUAUACAGCAAAAUGUGGAUAUUCACAUCAACCGAAAAUACCACCAAUGAUUAUACCAAAUUGUAUAAUGAAAGUGAAAUCCGAAAGGCGACGUGCUUUUAUUGGGAAUCAAAUAGAUGAAUGUACGGAUGCAUCGGGACUUUAUUACAUUCUACCUUUUCAGAGGGGAUAUUUAAUUAAUUGGGAUACACAGAAAACUGUGUGGGAUUACAUUUUUAGUGAUGAAUGUUUAUCAGUCAAUUUUAAUGAAGUUCCUGUGAUUAUUACCGAACCUAUAUUUAAUUUUCGAUCAAUACAAGAAGGUAUCACCGAAAUAUUCUUUGAGGAAUAUGAAUGUCCUGCAUUGUUACGAUGUAACGCUACUGAUUUAUCACAUUUUAACUAUUCUCAAACGAAUGAUAAUCAUUUAGGAUGUCUAGUAGUGGAUUCAGGGUUUAGUUUUACACAUAUUGUUCCGUAUAUUAACGGUGUGAAAGUUCGAAGUGCGAUUCGACGGAUUGACGUUGGGGGGAAAGUAUUAACGAAUCAACUGAAAGAAAUUAUUUCAUAUAGACAAUUAAAUGUAAUGGAUGAAACACAUGUAAUGAAUCAAUGCAAAGAAGAUUGUUGCUAUGUUUCAUUAGAUUUCAAAAGUGAUUUAGAAAAAACUCGAUUGCGUGGUAAAGCAAAUGAUAUCCUUAAGGAAUACGUGCUACCAGAUUAUAAUGUAGUGAAACGUGGUUACAUUCAAGAUUCAAAUAAUGAUAACAUGAAUUCAUAUGAAACACAAAAUUUAAUUAUGAAUAAUGAACGAAUUACCAUUCCUGAAAUACUAUUCCAUCCACAGGAUAUUGGUUUAGAACAAAAAGGUAUUGCUGAAGCAGUAUUAGAAUCGAUUUAUGCAUGUCCAGAAGAAACACAUUCCGUUUUAUUUAAGAAUAUUGUUGUAACGGGCGGUUCAACGAAAUUUAAAAAUUUUGCUGAGCGUUUAGAGAAAGAUGUACGUGCAAUGACUAGUAGUUAUUAUGAUGUACAAGUGACGUCGCCAAAAGAUCCUAUUACUUAUGCGUAUGAAGGUGGUAUUGCUCAGAGUGCUGAUCCUGAUUUUUAUGCUAAAUGUGUGACUAAGGAAGAGUAUAUGGAGGAAGGAUUUCAAGUGGCGCUGGAACGAUUUGAUAUUUAA